CGGAAAGUGAUGCACAGGAGGAUUUGGAGAUGGGCGUCCUGCACCAUCCUGUUGGCCCUCCAAGUGACAGCCCAACACGACGCGCAGAGGACGUCGACUCGGGGAGCCCUGCCCGCCCCAGACACGGACACCAACCCGCCGCCGCUGGCUCCCUUCGGCUAUGUCUACCCCCGCCCCUAUUCAGACACCAUCUCACCCCUCGCCAGCAUCAUCAUUCGGCCACCUGCAGCCGAAAUCCGGGGCGCCCAGAAGAUCAUCAACGCCAUCAAGAGGGCUGGCAAACACGUGGCAAGGAAGAUACGAGUAGAGGGGUCGGAGAGCGGCAGGCACAAGGGAGUGGCGCACGUGUCGAAUGACGCGAUGACGGUCGUGUUCAAGCCGCAUCGGCCCUUCGCGCUGGGGGAGAACGUCACGGUGACCAUCGAGCCAGGCAUGACCUACACUAAGAUGGCCAUCCCUCACCAGCCCGACACAGCAGAGGACACAGCUGAUGACGAGGAGCCGUCGCCGACCGAUGUGGAAUUGCUGGCUCACGCAACCGAGUUGGGCGAGCAGUCGCUGACACUGGGGGGCUAUCAGUGGGCAUUCACCAUUGCAGACGGCGUGCACUUCGACUCGCAGCAACGCGUCUUCCGCCUCGCGAGGCCACCGAUGGCCGGCAAGGAGCUCAGCAACGGCGAGCACGAUGGCAGCAAUUGGAACGACACGCGCAUCAUCCAGGCAGCCACCGAUCCGGUGUUCGGCGCCCUUUUCGACGAUGACGAGACCUUCGCAGAGAUGCUCAAGACCUUCAACAACAAUGAGACCGACAACCCUCUUAUCGACGACACUGUACUCGAUGACGAUGAAGAUGAAGACGAAGACAAAGAUGAGGUCAUCGACGAAGACAAAGACGAGGAUAUCGUCGACGAUAUCGCAGCAGACGACGAUCCUCACCUGCACGACUGGGAGAAGGACCUCAGCGAGCCGACUGAGAGCGACACCGACGACUGGCAUGUGCUCCACCCCAGCCUAGCUGACGAGUAUGAAACACUCGGCAAGAAGGGAGAGAUGCGAAAGAAGCGGGGACCGACGGUUUCGUACGCGACUUUGGAGGAGGACUUCCCCCACAUCAAUGUGAAGAAGGGCAGCGGCAAGACGGCCGACGGGCUGAUCUUCACCGAGUACCUGAGGCACCCUGCGGAGAGCGUGCACAACUACAUCCUGAUUGUGACCGAUGGGGGAGACGUCGUGUGGUGGGUGGGCGGGCGGGGCACGCACACUUGACCACACACGAUUUCGCAUGUGUGUGUGGUGUGUGUGUGUGUGUGUGUGUGAGGUAUGAGAGAUGCGAUUCGAGCAACCGGUUCUGGAAUGGCUGGACGGUGAGAGACUUCAAAAUGCACGGUGGGUGAGAGGCGAGAGCCCCAUAUGCUCUUUCUGCUCUGCCUGUGUGCAUUCCGUUUGUGUGUCAUCAGAGAACGGGGAGCUCACAUACCACGACCGGUGGCUCAACGGUUGGAUCCACCUCAACAGCAAAUAUCAGAAGAUCGGCAACGGCAUCAUCCGCCCAAAGAUGGGGUACUCGAGCGACGGCCACUGCAUCACCAUACGGAAAGACGGCCAUCGGCUGAUGCUGCUCAACGACUUCCGCGUCAAGGACAUGGAACCCCAGUAUGGCGGCUGGCGGAAGGCGCAGGUGCACGGCUUCGCGGUCCAGGAGCAGGACGUGAACGGGCACGUGACUUUCCAGUGGUCGUCGUGGGAUCACAUGCCCAAGCAGUUCAGCGAGUCCGUGAGGAACAUCAAGGACGCGCUGGUCGACCACCUGCACCCCAACUCUGGUGAGAGUCAGACCCACAAACACAGCCCAUACAGAUGCAUCGCAUCCAUGUCUGUGUGUGUGCCCGGGUGACUGCGUGUGUGCAGUGACGUACACGCCUGGUGGUGAUAUAUUGGUGUCGAUGAGGCACAUGAACCAGAUCAUCGAGAUCAGCAGACACGACGGGCACAUCAAUUGGCGCUUCGGCGGUGAGCCAGAGACAGACACAGACACAGACACAUCAACGCUUCCACCUUGACACUCCAUGUGCGUCCCCAGGCAACGGCGGCGACUUCAAGAUCGCCCCGCAGCAUCGCUUCUCGCACCAGCACGACGCCGUGCUGCGGAAGGGCGGCAAGCUGUCGUUCUUCGACAACGGCACCCUGCUGCACAGAGACCCCCUCUACUCCGCUGGCCGGCAAUUCCGCAUCGACCCAAAAGCCAAGUCGGCCAAACAGACGUGGGCCGUCAAGGGGCCGUUCGGCAACGCUAUGGGCGGCAUGCAGGCACGCGCACACAUGCUUAGAGAGACAGGGGCCCAUCUGCAGUGCAGAUGGGUCGCUGUGUCUGUGUCUGUGUCUGUGCGUGGUUGUCCAGAACCUGCCCGGCGGCCGGAAGGCCAUAACAUGGGCAGGGGUGGAGUCGGAGAACUCCAACCCGCUGUACACGGAGUUCUCCCACGAGAAGGAGAAGCUGGUCGAGCUCACCUUCGCCAACGACGGCAACCUGGUCUUCAAAUCCAAGAAAUUCGACGGCUGGAAAGGAACAGGCGUCCGCCGCCCCAAGCUGAUCGUCAGGAAAGAAGGUGGGCCGGGCCGGGAUCCACACACACAGCCAUCCACACACACACACACAGCCAUCCACACGUAUGACGGAUGCCUGAUGUGGUAUUGGUGCUGGUGCAGACCACCACUGGGUGAUGCACUAUUCCUGGAACGGCGCGACCAACAUCCACAAGUGGGAGGUGUAUGCCGGCAAGGCCGGCCCCAAGCACCUCGUCCACACCCACAAGCACCAGCGGUUCGAAUCCUUCCUGAUCAUCCCCAAGAAUGCCGCCUGGCGGCCCAAGAAACGCAAGUGCGUCAAGCUCAAGGUGGUGCCCAUCGACAAGGACGGCAACGCCCUGACGGCCAGCGACACGGUGGAGAAGGGCCCCUGCGGUGACAAUGACAAGAAAGAGCAGCAGCAGGACGAGCCCUCUUUUGAGAGCAAAGGUGGCGGGGACGACGACGAGAGGAAAAAGAGGCGGAAACGGGAGAAAAGAAAGAAAAAGAAACGGCGGGAAAAGAAGACACGAUCGGAUGAUGGGUGAUGUGGUGUGCCGCUCUCUCGGUGGCCGGCGUAUACAUGUCCCUACUCUACUGGGGGGAUGGGAGGGGAGGGUGGGGUACAUUCCCUCUGCACGUAGUGUUAGUGUGUUUGGCCGAUGCAGUCAGCGAGCUGGGUGAGAAGAGGUGCACCUGGUCUGUCUGUCUGCGUGAAUACGCUGCGUGUCUGUACUUAACAUAGUAGCACCAGAUCGCUGCCUGCACGUAUUUAUUUGUGUAUUUGGCACCUGCGUAUUUGUAUUUCUGCUGGUUGGUUUUUGGCAAUGAAGAUGUCUGCCUGUCUCUCUCGUCACUGCGAUACGAUUCAUGCAUACGAUUCAUGCUAUGGAGUGUGUGCGUAUUCAUGUGUGUGCGUGUGCACACGC